CUCUGCGGCGGCGGCAGGAGGGAGGCUCUGGCGUGACGUGUCUGCUAGCCGGACCAGGUCUUAUCGUUUUGGGUCGGAAUCCAACGUUUGACGAGUGUGUGAAGUGCGGUGGACAUGUCGACACCUUUCGAAAAGCCCCAAAUCAUUGCGCACAUCCAGAAGAGUUUGACCUACACGGUCUUUGACUGUAAAUGGAUCCCUUGCAGUGCGAAGUUCGUGUGUCUGGGUAACCUGGCGAGGGGUACCGGAGUGAUGCAGAUCUAUGAAGUCCAGCACGGAGAAGUCCCGCUAGUGAAGGAGAUUGAGAAAGCAAAACCCAUAAAGUGUGGGACAUUUGGAGCCACCUCUCUCCAGCAGAGACACAUAGCAGCAGGGGAUUUUGAUGGAAACCUCCACAUAUGGAAUCUUGAAACACCUGAGAGUCCAGUGUACUCUGUCAAGGCACACAAAGAGAUAGUGAACAGCAUAGACGGUGUUGGAGGCCUAGGAAUCGGCGACGGUGCACCAGAAAUCGUCACUGGAAGCAGAGACGGGACAGUGAAGGUAUGGGAUCCCAGACAGAGAGACUCACCUGUAGCCAACAUGGAGCCUUUGAAAGGUGAAACCAAGAGGGACUGCUGGACUGUUGCCUUCGGUAAUGCCUUCACUGACCAGGACCGCUGUGUUUGUGCUGGCUAUGACAAUGGAGACAUCAAACUCUUUGACCUCCGCAACAUGUCCCUGCGCUGGGAAACUAACAUCAAAAAUGGGGUGUGCUGUGUGGAGUUUGACAGGAAAGACAUCCACAUGAACAAACUAGUGGCCACAUCGCUGGAGGGGAAAUUCCACGUCUUUGACAUGAGGACCCAGCACCCCACCAAGGGUUUUGCUUCUGUUUCUGAAAAGGCACAUAAGUCGACCAUCUGGCAGGUGAGGCAUCUGCCUCAGAACAGAGACAUCUUUAUGACUGCAGGGGGAGCUGGCAACCUACAUCUAUGGAAAUAUGAGUACCCCGCCCAGAGAAGUCGGAAGGAUGCGGAGGAUGUGGAUGUGGGCGUAGCUGGAUCUGUCAACCUAUUACAGAAUGUCACACUGUCCACCCAGCCAAUCGCAAGCCUGGACUGGAGCCCCGACAAGCAGGGCCUGUGUGUGUGUGCCGCCUUUGACCAGUCUGUGCGUGUGCUCAUUGUGACCAAACUGAACCGUGUGUGAUGAAACUGUACACUGAUUGUUGGGUUGUGUUGCGAUGACUCGAGACACACGUGCCUUUGACAUAUUGAUAGCGACAUAUUGAUUAAUGCCCCCCUGUUUGUACCCCUGCACUGUAAACUGUCUUCAUCAUUUAGUCUUGCGUGUCUGUCUUUAUUCUGGCCGUGGUGGGGUCAUCCUCCAUGUUUCAAAAGCGUCUCACUUGUUUCAGCAGUUGUGUACAGGUGUGUGGGCAUCUAGAAGGGAAGCACUCUGUUACUUCUGCUCCUUGUUAAGAAAAUGUUGGACAAAACAACGUUAAGACGAGGUGACUGGACCAGGUUGUCUCUGUUAGUUCUGCUCCUUGUUAAGAAAAUGUUGGACAAAAC